AUGAACGGUACCGUCCUUUUACCAGGAGAACAUACCUUCUCUGAACCAAAGGAGUUCUACAAAAUAGAAGAUAGGUUUUCCAAAGAAUUUUCUCAUGCGCAGCUAGAACAAGCCUUUCUGAAAGAAUCAGCCAAAGUUCGAGAACUCUUGAACAAUCUAAUCGGUGGAAAAUCAGUUGAUUUAACUGAUUGUUUGUAUGUGACAUUAUCUAAGAUGAGAAGAAUAGGCCGCCUAGCUCAGUAUGCAACAGCUCAAAACAAAGCAGAUGUUGCUAUACGUUUACAGCAAGCUGAAGCCCAGUACUUACAGCUACAAAAUGUCAAUAGUGAAAUUUAUCAUUUGAAAAAAGAAAUAACGAGAUGUCUGCAGUUUAGAUCUGGAGAAGAGAGUAUUGAGUUAGCUUCUGAAGAGGACUUUUAUUCAUCUGCUCCGGAAGAAGUUAGCAAGCCAGAAAUUACAAAGAAUGACGAACAUGCGAAACAUCUAGCCCGACUAAGUUUUGAAUUGAUGCAACGGAAACAGCUCACAUGCACUUUAGAUGAACAGGAAGGCCGAAGAAGUGUGUUAAUAAGCGAUAUUAAUGGAAAAGAACAGCGACUGAAGAGCCUACGUCCUAAAAUAGAGAAUUUGUUGAAGGCUGCGAAACCUGUACAAGAUGUGCUGGAAUUAGGCUCUGAGUCUUAG